CAAGACCACUCCGCCAUCUUUGAUUGCGGUAUUGGACGGGAAAAGGCAACCCGGCUUGUGAUUGUACAUCUCUUACUUACUUUGUCUCUGCUUUUUGGGAACAGUGAAAUAAAGAUUAUGGCAGAAAACAUUGAACAACACUUCGACCCUAAGACUUUUAAACUGGAGACGGCUCCAUUUGAUGCAAGAUUCCCGUACACCAACCAGACAAAGAACUGCUGGCAGAACUAUGUGGACUAUCAUCGAUGCAUAAAGAAGUUUGGAGAGGAAGAAAGCAGAUGUCAGUAUUUUUUCAAGACUUACAAAUCAUUAUGCCCGGGUCCCUGGGUGGAAAACUGGGAUGACCAAAUGGAGAGUGGCACAUUCCCUGGGCGUAUUUGAUUUUGUUUUCCAUGUUAUUGUUAUUUUCUUUAUGUGUCUACUUUGAGGACUUUGUGGUGACUGUUUACUAAUCUUGGUACAAAACUGGAGAGAGUUUUCACGGGUGGUUUUGUUUGCAGACUGGCAAUAUGAGGAAAGGAUUUAUGAUCUGUUUAAAAGAAGGCUGUAAAACAAUGUACCUUAAUAACAAUUAUGCAUUUGGAAUAAAGCAAAAAUUAAUCUUUAAAAAA